AUUGUUCUGUAAUGAAAAUAGAUAACACAUACCGAUCAGGCAUCGUUGUGUAUUGUUUACAUGUGUUCAUCCGGGUCCUGAACUAUUCUCGUGCAUUCUCCCGCACGCUUGAUUAUGUAAUCCUACCCUUGCAUGUAAAACACUUGAAUGACUCAGAUGGUCUAUAUCGGAGGGUAUAAAAGCCGGCUCUGACAGAACACAAACACUCUGAUUUCGGCAUCCAAACUGUACAGACAGAAGCGGAGAGACCCUAAGAAAGAGAAUGGUAAACACAAAGACGACCCCAAUGAAGGCAUGUCCUAUGUGCAAGUUCAGAACCGCUGGAACAGAAGAGCUCAGGGAGCAUCUUGUGAUGUGUGGUCUGAAACACUCUGAAAAGAAUGCAUUUGCCUGUACUCAUUGUAAUUUCACGACUACAAAGCAAGUAUACCUUACCCGUCAUGAGAAAAGACAUAUCGAAGAGAAGGGUAUGGACAAAAACAGCCAACCUGAGACCGUCCAUGUGUCUAAUCUACCAGAGGAUAAGCAGACCGCAGGAUCCAGUGACAGCUCAAGCAGCUCCAGUAGUGAUAGUGACGAUGGGUCGGAUGAUGAUUCCUAUCCUUCGCCUAAGGAAACAGAAGAUUGGCAAAAACAGGACCCUGGGGGCUUACUGUCCGAGGAGUCGGAGAAAGAAACUACUGAGCCAGUUGUCCCAUCUGACAACAGACCUUCAACCUCAGCUACAGCAGUGGCCACAAAUCCUGUACCCCCGGAUGAUUCUUUGAUGGGUCGGGUGAUCAGGAAAUCAACAAAACCUACACUGCCAUUUCAUAAGAAGAGAAUAGCAGAACAAAGUGGUGAACCAGGCAAAAGGCUACGUGCCACAGAUCUGCGACAUGUCAUCCCGAAACCAGUAACUCAUCCCACGAAGCGACAUACGAGUACGGUUAGUCGACGUUUUGUUAGUGUUGGAGUCCAGACGGAGCCCGCCAUGAACAAAACUAAGCGGACAGUCACGACCACUUGUCGAUAUCAUGAGGCAAGCAAGCAAGUGAAACAAACCACGGUAGAUGAAACCUACUUUUAUUUGGAUACCUUCACUGGAAAUAGAGAAUAG